AUGGCGCCACCGCUUUUAAGCUUCACACUAUCUCUCCCUCCAUUUCUCCGACCCACCCGAACCUCCAACCCGACUCCGAUCCGAUCAUCCUCAAUGGACCCUCACUCUCACUCUCCCCCGAAGCGCGUGGUCGUCUGCGGCGGCGGCGUAAUCGGCGUCUGCACCGCCUACUUCCUCGCCAAAAACGGCGCCGUCGUCACCCUCGUCGAGAAAUCCUCCGUCGCCUGCGCCGCCUCCGGAAAAGCCGGCGGAUUCCUCGCCCUCGACUGGUGCGAUGGCGGGCCCCUCGAGUCCCUCGCCCGCGCCAGCUUCAACCUCCACCGCACGCUCGCCGCCGAGCUCGACGGCCCAGAAUCCUACGGCUACCGGCCGCUCAACACUCUCAGCCUCACCGUAACGGAAUCCCAAACCUCCAAGGCUCACUCCGGCAAGUCCGAUUUGCCGGGUUGGGUUGACGGGCCGGGUCGGAGCCCGAGAACGAUCGGGACCACCGCGACCACGGCGCAGGUCCACCCCCGGCUCUUUUGCCGGACGCUGAUUUCGAAAGCCGUCGAGGUUUACGGCGUCAAAGUGGUGAUCGGGAAAGUGGAGGAGGUUGGAGUCGUGGAAGGGCGAGUUGACUCGGUGGUGUUGGAAGGAGGGCGAGUGAUAAAGUCAGACGCCGUCGUUUUGGCGCUUGGGCCGUGGUGUGGGAAAUUUGAGAUAUUAUCUUCUUUGUUUAGAGUGUAUGGUCUGAAAGCACAUAGCAUUGUAUUGAGGCCCAAAGAGCCUGAGGCCAUAACACCUCAUGCUCUCUUCUUGAGUUAUUACUCAGCUCAAGGAGGAAAGCCUUUGGAUCCAGAAGUGUAUCCACGUCCCACAGGUGAGGUGUACAUAUGUGGGAUGUCAUCUGAGGCAGAGGUACCGGACAAUCCAGAGGAAAUAGUGGGCAACCCAGAAUCAAUAGAAACACUGAAGAGGGUGGCAAGCAAUGUUUCAAGCCAUUUGAGGGAAGGAGAGGCAGAGGUAAAGGCAGAGCAGGCAUGCUUUUUGCCUUGUACCGAUGAUGGUCCGCCUGUGAUUGGGGAGCUUCCGGGGAUCAAAGGGUGUUAUGUGGCCACUGGGCAUAAUUGUUGGGGAAUUCUAAAUGGUCCUGCCACUGGUGCUGCAAUGGCUGAGCUUGUGCUUGAUGGGCAAGCUAGCAUAGUCGAUCUCAGUCGGUUUAGUCCAGCCAGAUUUGUUGGUCCAAGGAAGAAGGGUUUAGGACAUUAGUCUGGUAUAGAGAGAGCGAUUUAGAGGAUUAGUGUAAUGAAGUAAUGAAUGGUGUAGACAUUAAUCUGCACGUAAAUGAGAAACACAAUUUCAGUCUGGAAAGUUUAUAGGU